AUGGCGAACCGUGUCUCGUCGUCUUCAUACAAUAGAAAUAAUCAUCGUCAAAAUAUUCCAUCGUCAAAUAAUCGUUCAAGUCGUUCGACAUUUACAACACAUACAUAUGCAUCUACAAAUACUUUUAAUACAGAACCAACAUACACUACAACACCAAUAACAGGUGAUCCUCGAACUCUUCAUUCAUAUUAUGUAUCAUCAUCGAAUUAUUGUCCACCACCAACAAGUCCAACAAAUUCAUUAACUCGUCAUUACCGUGAAUAUGAGCCAUCAUAUCCAUCUAUAACACGUUAUCGUACACCAUCAUCUUCAUCUCCUUUUCGUAAAACACAUUAUUUAGAUGAUUCUGAUGAAGAAAUAAUUAAUGAAGAAAUACUUGAAAUAACUGAUCUUAAUCAUUACCCAACACUAAUUGAACGUUGGGGUGAUGAUGCUAAGACAAUAGUUAGACAAGAGGGUGAAUUCAAAUUUGAAGAUUUUGUUGAAUUUGAAGAAGUUGAACCAACUGUUGUUGAAGAAAUUCUUUAUGAACUUGUAUAUACUGGUGAUAAAUUAAAAACAUGUCGACAAAUUGAUCGUUCACGUUCUGAAUCAAGAAAUUUUCGUAAAAUAAAAAAACGUCGUACAAAACGAAAACGUCCACCAAUUGAUGAUUCAUCUUAUUUAACAUCACAACCUAGUUCAAGAGAUACAAGUGGUACACGUUCACCAUAUCAUCAACAUGAUCAUCGAUAUAGUCCUGAACGUUCAAGUACACCAAUACAAUCAGCACCAUUAUCUACAUCAUGGCAAUCAACAGGAUUUAUUCCUAAUGAUAAAUCAUCACUUGAUAUAUCUAUGCGUAAUCGUUUAGAUGAUCAAAAUUAUGUUAAUUAUGUUCGAGUCAAUGAUACUGAUCCAUUUUUUUCACACACUCAAAUUCAACAAUAUCCACAAACACAAAUAACAAGUAAUAUUCAACAUAAUACACGUCAAACAGAUUUAAUUGAUCAACAAAAUAAACAUUUCUAUGAUCAUAUGCAUGACUUAUCAAGUCACAUUGAUAUAUCAACUACUCAUGAUGAUACUUUAAAUGGUACUGAAGAUUUUACACCUGUUAUUAGUGAAGUACAAGGAAUAACAAAAAUAAAUAUUAUACCAACAAGUCAUGAUUAUAGAAAUGAAAAUUUAUCUAUUAAAUCUACAAUUGAUACACAGAAAGAUACAUAUGAUAUUAGUUCUUCCGACAAUUUGUUAACUACUACUAGAACAACAGACAAUGAAGAACCAUCAAGGACAAAUACAAUCGAUCAAACAUCUGUCCAGAACGAAAUCAACAACCGUGGGCAAGAUUAUUCUACUGAUAUGGAAAAACAAAUCAAUAAAAAAAUCACAUCAAAACAUGACGAAUUAGAAAAAGAUGAUGAAGAACAAUCAAGUGUAACAGAACCAACAAUACGAGAAAUUAUUAAAGAUGAUGACGCAGAAGGAAAAGAUACUGAUGAAGAUGCCUCAUUUUCUGAAAGUGAACAAAUAUCAUCACAAUAUUUUAUGUCAGAUGAACAGAAACAAUCAUCAAAUUUAAUAAAAACAACCGAACAAUCCGAUCCAUCACUUUUAUUACCAAUACAUGUUAAACAAGAUGAUCGCGAAAUCAUAUCAACAACAACAGACUCAUCAAUCAAUAAAAUCAAUGAAUUAGAAUCACAAUUACAAACGACAGAUUCAAUAUUGAAAUCAUCCGAGACAAAUAUUGAUCGAGAAAACAUUAAACCAAUACAAACAAUUGAAAGUCCUUCUCUUAUUGCACAUGUUGAACAUCAAUUACCUGAAGACUCACUUGAAACAACAAAAACUUCACUGGAAAAAACUCAUGAAACAUCUAUUCCAACAAAUAUUUCGGAUGAGAAAAAAAUAUUAUUAUCACAGGAUCAGACAACUAAUGAAAAUGAUCAAGAACUUCGAUCAAUGUUAGAUUCAAUUGCAGCUCAUCUUAUGCCAGAAUUACCAAGAUUUGAUGAAGAGACUGAAGAUGAACAAUCAUAUAUGUCAGAAACAAAAUCAUCCGAAGAACCAAUAUCACAAGAUGAUCAAAGUAUGGAUUCUAUUGUACAAAAAUCAAGUGAAGGCACAAAAGAAUUAUGGACUCCAUCUCAUGACUAUAUUAUAUCACAUCAUACUGAACCAGUUGAUCAAACAAAAACUAAAAUUGAUCAAACAACAGCUGAUCAACAUGAUUUUCAACCAGACAAUAAAGAAAAAAUGUCUCCUACAACUCAUACUACUGAUAGUACGAUUUCAAAAAUUCAAGAAACAAAUUUAGAUCAACAAGAUUUAACAAUUGAAAAAUCACCAUUAAUUACUGAUUCUCUAGUCAAUAUUGCUGAACAAAUAAUAAAUAAUAUUAAAAAACCUCAAAAUGAACAAGUUAGUAUUUCUCAGGCUUCUCCUGUUGUAACUGAUGAAAUACCUUCGACUCAAUUACAAUCAACACAACAACUCUCUCAGGAUACUGAAGAUGUAACAAAGAAACAACCAUUAAAUAUUAAUUAUCUUACUGACAUUAUUUAUGAAAUACAUUCUCAACCUCUUCGAUCUUAUUCGGAUAAACAACAAAUAUAUACCGAUACACAGAGAUCAAUCGAAUCGAUCAGACAAGAAGACAGAUUAUCUUCAAUUGAUUCAACAAUUGAAAGUACUCCAUCUGUCAUCACGUCCGACAAACAAAAACAACAACCAAUCUCAAGUACGUUAUCUAUUACUUCUGAAGCCAUUGAAAAACCAACAUCAAAAGACGAUCAAUCAUCAAUUGAAUUUCAAUCAAGAAAAGAAAUCGAUGAACAAGUUUCAUUAGAUUCUUUAGUCAAUAUUGUCCGUCAGAUUCAUACUACACCACAAAUUAUUCAUUUUCCAUCGACUGAUAUUAAAACGAAAACUACUCAUAUUAUUGAACAAGAACCUGAAAAGCCAUUAGUUGACUCUCAUGUAGAAAUAGUAACAACAAAUGAAAGCAUUCCUAGUGAACUAGUGACAAUAAAAACACAACCAAUACAUGCUGCUCAGGAGUUAAUUCCGAAGCCAAGCGACAUCUCCUUGGUCACUGAACAUAAACAAGAAACAACUUCUGAAACACUAACCAAAGAAGAUGAGCUAGAACGUCUACCAUCCGAAUCUUUGAUCAACGCAGAUUGGGAAACUCUUGUAGCACCGCAUACUUCUCCAAUACCAUCAGAUUAUAUUACUACUGAAACCACUGUAUCGACAGAAAAACAUGAUAAAAAACCGAUAAUUGACUCAUUUGAUCAAAGUGUUACAAAACAAAAUUUAGAAAUGCCACAGAAAAAUCUUCAUGCAGUUGACAGUGUGCCAUCAACAUCGUUUGAUUCACACGUUACACAAAUUACUAGUCCUAAAACAGUAGAAGAUCGUGCUAGUGAAGAAUCGGUUACAAAACCACUUACAAUUACUACACAAAUUACAGAACAAACAAUAUCUGAAGAUGAUGAAUUAUCAAUUCAAGAUAAAGCAAAAACCGAUGAAAAUGGACAUUAUUCACUUGAUGCACUAACAGAAAUCGCUCGUGGCAUAUUAUCUACGCCAUUUACUAUUUAUCGACCAUCAGCUGAAGUUAAAACAGGUACGAUUAAAAGUGUUGAUUUCUCGAUUAGAUCCGAUGCCGAUAUUCUUCCAUCUACAACAACAACAUUAGAAGAAACAACACUUAAUAAAACUACCGAAGUUGACAGAACUCAAGAAGCCAAGGAACAUACUGAAACCGGCAAAUUUACACCCAUCGAUAAGUCUGAAGAACAACCAACGAUAGAAAACCUUACGACAAUUGUUCGUGAAGUGACAGUAAAACUUACGGCUCCUUUUAUCACUCAUGAAGAAUCGUCCGAAUCUCGUGAAAAACAACAACCAGAUGUUGUACAAAUCAUACAACAACCUAUUCAACAUGAUGAAAGAGAAAAAUUCGAACAGUCACAAACUCAAGACCAACUUCAAACUAACAUUGAAACAAUUACUACCGAUCGUCAACCAUCACCAGACAAAGAAACCCAAAGCCAGAAACAUGAAGUUAUUAUUAAAGAUGACACAUUCGACGGCAUCCUUGAUGAACUUACUAAACCAAUUCAUGCUCAACAACCAUUGAUUGAUCAUGUGAAACAAACAACUUCUUUAGUUGAUCAAGAACAUGAAAAACAACCGAUGGACUCCUGCAUCAAAGUUGAAAUAUCACCAAUAGCAGACACAGAAGAAGAAAUCAAGACACCAAAAGAUUUGGAACAUACAGAUUUACACCCGACAACGACUGUAUCAUCUGUUACUGAACCCAGAGCGGUAACAGUUGUUGAAACUACCAUCGAAAAACCCAAACCAACAAGUCUUUCAACUGAAAAAUCGACAAUAACUGUUCCACACCCUUUAGUCACACCCGAUACUGCUCAUUUGCAAGCAGUCGAUCAUAAAGCACAACAAAUUAUCGAAACUGAAGAACCAGUCGAAAAACCGUCGCUCAUAUCAGUCACUGAAGCUCCGGAACCACUGCAACACAUAUUACCUUCAGGAAUGAUUACAACAGAAGAAGAAACACCAAAACCGGCUGAUACGAUACAACACGAACUAAAACAACCAAGUAUCACAUCAUCUGUUAUUGAAACUGUGCAAGAAACAACAACGGAAUCUCAUCUACCACCAACACAAGAGAAAAUCGAAGAAGAAGAAGCUGAACGUCUCACAUCCGAAGCACUGACUGCGGUUGUUCAUGAUAUACUUGCUACACCACUUGCUGUCCAUCUUUCAACGAUUGAUCACAAAGUAAAACAAAUUACCGAACCUGAACAACAAGUCGAACAACCAUCUCUCACAAAGGUCAUUGAAGUCAGUAAACCAGGGAAACAGGUAUUACCUUCAGAAGUGAUUACAAAAGAAGAAGAAGCAACAAAACCAGCCGAUGCAAAACAAAAAGAACUAGAACAACCAAGCAUCACAUCAUCCGUUAUUGAAAUUGUACAAGAAACAACAACGGAAUCUCAUCCGCCACCAGCACAUGAGAAAAUCGAAGAACAAGAAGCUGAACGUCUCACAUCAGAAAUAUUAACUGAAGUUGUUCAUGAUAUUCUUGCUACACCACUUGCAGUUCAUCAUCCAAUAGUUGAUGAUAAAGUGAAACAAAUUUCCGAAACUGAACAACAAGUUGAACAACCAUCCCUGACACCGGUCACUGAAGUUACUAAAUCAGUUGCAGAGCUGUCACCUACAACAGUGAUUACAAUAGAACAAGAAACAAUAAAACCGGCCGAUGCAAAACAAAAAGAACUAGAACAACCAAGUACCACAUCAUCUGUUAUUGAAAUUGCACAAGAAACAACAACGGAAUCUCAUCCGCCACCAGCACAUGGGAAAAUGGAAGAACAAGAAGCUGAACGUCUCACAUCAGAAAUAUUAACUGAAGUUGUUCAUGAUAUUCUUGCUACACCACUUGCAGUUCAUCUUCCAAUAGUUCAUGAUAAGGUGAAACAAAUUCCCGAAACUGAACAACAAGUUGAGCAACUAUCCCUCACAAAUGUCACUGAAGUUACUAAAUCCAUUGCAGAGCUAUCGCCUACAGGAGCGAUUACAAAAGAAGAAGAAACACCAAAACCGGCUGAUAUGAUCCAAAAAGAACUAGAACAACCAAGUAUCACGUCAUCCGUUAUUGAAAUUGUACAAGAAACAACAACGGAAUCUCAUUCGCCAUCAACUGAAGAUAGACUGACAGCACAUGAAGCUGAACGCCUCACAUCAAAAGCAAUAAGUGAAGCUGUUCGUGAAAUUCUUGCAACACCAGUGGAUGUUCAUCUUCCUACAGUCGAUCAUGCAGCAGAACGACAAAAGGAAACUGAUCAGUUACUGGAGACACAACAUAUCGAAUCUCUCAAUCAAAUGGCCGAUGAACUCACUCGCAGAAUAACUGCAUCAGUGAUAACAACCAGUGAACCCUCGAUCGAAGCAGCAAAAUCUGAGGAGGAAGCAAAACAGGAGGUGCCCUUAAUAUCAACUGUAAUUGACACUACUCAAGUACCAGCAUCGGAUGGUAGUAUUCCACUUGCUGCAGACAGAACAAAAGGUGAUAUCGCAGAAGCUGGCUCUUUGGAAACAUUAACUGAAGUUCUUCGUGAAAUUCUAUCUACACCACUUACCGUUCAUCUUCCAACAGCCCAUCACACCGCACAAGAAGUAAUAAAAACAGAACAAGUGGUGGACAAACCAUCUUCUGCCUAUUUCCAUGAUAUUGCCGAACCAGUUGGGGAGGUAAUACCAACCGGCGUGAUUAUAACAGAAGAAGUACGCAAGCCGACAGAUACGAAUCAAAUAGAACUGCAACAGCCGACUAUCACAUCAUCUAUCAUUGAAACUGAACAAGAAACAGAAACAGAAACCGAAUCUGAACCAUCUACAGCGCAAUAUAAAAUGAAAGAAGAAGAAGCGGAAUGUCUCACAUCAGAAUCACUAACCGAGGUUGUUCAUGAUAUACUUGCUACACCACUUGCUGUUCAACUUUCAACAGUCGAUCACAAAGUAAAACAAAGUACUGAACCAGAGCAACAAGUUGAAAAGUCAUCUCUCACACAGGGCAUUGAAGUUACUAAACCAGUGUAUCAGAUGUUUCCUCCAGAAGCGAUUGCAACAGAAGAAGAGACAUCAAAACCUGGAGACACUAACAUAAAAGAACUACAACAACCAAGUAUCAUAUCAACUGUUAUUGAAACUGUACGAGAUGCAACAACGGAAUCUCAUACAUCUCCAGCAGAAGAAAAAAUCGGAGAACAAGAUGCUGAACGUCUUACAUCAGAGGCAUUAGCUGAAGUUGUUCAUGAUAUUGUUGCUACACCAGUUGCCGUUCAUCUUUCAACACUCGAUCAUCAAGUUCAACAAGUUACCGAAACAAAAGAUCAACUUGAAAAAGCAGCAGUCACACCGGUCACUGAAGUUACCAAACAAGUGGAGCAGAUAUCACCUUCAGAAGUGAUUACAACAGAAGAGGAGACAUCAAAAGCGGCAGAAAAUAAACAAAAAGAGCUACAAGAACCAACUAUCACAUCAUCUGUUAUUGAAACUGUACAAGAAACAACAACUGAAACUCAUGCACCUAUAGCUGAAGACAAAAUCGAACAACAAGAAGCUGAACGUCUUACAUCCGAAAUAUUAACUGAAGUUGUUCAUGAUAUUCUUGCUACACCACUUACAGUUCAUGUUUCAACAGUUGACGAUAAAGUGAAAGAGUUUGGCGAAACUGAGCGAAAAGUUGAACAACCAUCGCUCACAGAGGUCAUUGAAGUCACUAAACCAGGGAAACAGGUAUUACCUUCAGAAGCAAUUGGAACAGAAGAAGAAACAUCAACACCGGCAGACACUAAACAAAAAGAGCUAGACCAACCAAGUAUCACAUCAGCUGUUAUUGAAAGUGUACAAGAAACAACAACGGAAUCUCAUCCACCAUCAGCUGAAGAUAAACUGAAAGAACAUGGAGCUGAACUCCUUACAUCAGAAGCAUUAACUGAAGUUGUUCAUGAUAUUCUCGCUACACCGCUUGCCAUUCAUCUUCCAACAGCCGAUCACAAAGUUCAAGAAGUUACAGAAAGAAGACAGCAGGUUGAAAAACCAUCCCUCACAGAAGUCAGUGAGGUCACUAAACCAGUGGAACAGAUAUCACCAUCAGAAGUGAUUGCGACAGAAGAAGAAACAUCAAAAUUGGCAGACACUGAUCAUAAAGAACUACGACAACCGAGUAUCAUAUCGCCUGCUAUUGAAACUGUAGAAGAAACAACAACAGAAUCUCAUCCACUAUCAGCUGACGAUGAACUGAAAGGACAUGAAGCUGAAUUCCUUACAUCAGAAGCAAUAACUGAAGCUGUCCGUGAAAUUCUAGCAACACCAGUGGAUGUUCAUCUUCCUACAGUUGAUCGUGCUGUAGAGCGACCAAGUGGAAUUGAACAAUUAGUGGAGACACAACAUAUCGACUCUGUGAAUGAAUUAGCCAAUGAACUCAGUCGCAUAAUAACUGCAUCAGUGACAACCACCAGUGAAGUAUUAAGAGAAGUGGAAAGAUCUGAAGAAAUAGUGGAACCGAUGACCGAUGGAAGAUCAGCUGCAAUGGACACCGCUCAAGUGGCACCAUCGAAUAGUCAUAUUCAACCAGCUGGAGACAGAAACAAAGAAGAUGUCGCUGAAGGUAGCUCUUUAGAGACGCUAACUGAAGUUGUUCGUGAAAUUCUUGCUACACCACUUGCCGUUCAUCUUCCAACAGUCAAAUCGAUUGUUGAAAAAACAACGACAACGAAUGAGGAAGAGGUUGAACAACCAUCUAGUCAAACAUAUAUUACGGGUUCUGAACAUACAACAGCAGUUGCAGUGCCAAUUGGAAUAACAACAAAAGGAAACCUCCAUUUGUCAGAUACCAAGCCUGAUGAAGUACAACUGAUACCGGAAACGAAAGGUGCCAUCAAAAGUAUGGAGGAAGAAACAACAAAAGUUGAUACGUCAUCAGGCGAAGACACUACAUCAGAUCUUGAUGCUGUACGGUUGUCAUCGGUAAAUUUGGAUGAAGCUGUACCGGACGUUUCAGAUACAUCGAUUAGCAUCCUUCGUUCUUCCGUUGACGCCAAACCAGAAACUGUUGAUUCAAUCGAGCAACUGGCAGUAAGACCGGAAAUUGCAGUCGUGGAGAAGUUUGAUAUCAUUCCUGAAAAUUUCGCCUCCGAUAAAACGAUCAGUAUGAUUGCUGAUGUAGUCAAAACACCAAUUGAAAAACAACAUUCAUCUAGUGACUUAGAAGAAAGAAUAGAAGAUGAUAGUGUGUCAAUUGAUUCACUAGUUGGAAGCGUUCACGAAAUUCUUGCUACACCACUUAUUUUUAAUUUGUCGUCAGUUGAAACUGAUAGAACAGAAUCGCAGGAUAAGAAACUUUUUCAGAAACAAUUAGAUUCAAGUACAGUGACAAGCAAACCCGAAGAUAUAGAAAAACCUGUUGCUGGUCUUCGUCAUUCAUUUGCCGAAGAAACUGAACGUAUACCAUUGGAUUCUUUAGUGGAAGUUACUCGUGAAAUUUUAACAACGUCGAGUGUCAAAGAUAAAAUGGAAACAAUUAUUCCAUCUGAGAAAGUAGAACAACCAAUAGAUUCCCUGAUUAAAAUCGUUGAUGAAGUGGUUAUAUCACCGAAGCAAUCAGGAACUGAUGUGGAUACGGAAAAGAAAGAAAUAUUAUAUACUCAACCACAGUUUAAUGAAUCUGACGAAAAUGUUUCUCUGAUAAGUGGAUUAACUUCAUCGAAAAAUGAUCAACUUUCGCAUCAAUCCGCGGCUACAGAUAUAAUUGAGCAAGCAAGUAAAGAAUCUUCUCUUCAAGAUAUUAUUUCUAGUGAAUCAAAAUUAUCAUUACGUCCAACGAUUGUUACAGAACCUAUUCCUAUUUCUGCAGAUGAAUCAAUACCUAAUGAUGAAAAUGAAUUCAUUUCAUCAUCAUUAUAUACAGCAAUCAAUGCUAUUGUUAAUAAUGCUAUCAACAAUGCAUGUAAUAUAGUUGAACAAUCAAUUCUUGAUGAAGAUGAUAAUCAAUCAUUUGUCUCAUUUUCUUCCAAAGAUGAAUUUCCCGAAAAAAUUGAUACUGAUAUUAAUUUAACUAAUGAUAUUGGAACUAAAUCAGUCGAUGAUUAUCAUUCCAUAUCUGGACUAACCAAUAUUGUUAAUAGUAUACUUAAACUCCCAAAUGAAAUUUCUUCGGAAUCUUCUAUUUCACAUGAAGAUAAUAAAGUUAUUGUUUCUCCUAAAUCUGAUUUUGAUAAACAUAUUAAUAUUAGUCACCUUUCGAAUAUUGUUGAUACAAUUCAAAAAACAUUAAAUAUUCAAACACUUUCACCCGAACAAUCCGACAUCACAGAACCAACAUCUUCGCAACGAGCCAGUGCCGUUCAACCCACUUUUUAUAUAGAUGAUGUCGAUCAAGAUACUUCAACUCCUAAUGUACCAACAUUUUUUAUCCCUGAAACUCCAACUGGUUCAGAAGCUAAUUUUAGAGAAUUAUACGAACAUCGACAUUUUAUAUCGAAUGUUGCCGAAGAACCACCAUCACAUUUCACUCCUAUAGAUAGACAAGAAUCCGUACAAUCCGUAACAAUACCAGAAGAUAAGAAAGUUAUUUCUGAUUCACCUUUAGCAUAUUAUGAAUUACAAGAAAAACGUCAUACAUUAAUGUCUCCUCAAGAAUCAACUCAAAGUGAAAAACCAGAACAAAUAUCGUCUUCAUUAACAACAUGGACAACAAUGCAACCAUUAAUUGAUUAUGAAGAAAAAGAAAAGAAACAAGACAUGACUGAUAUUAAUCUUGAUGAUCAUGCUUAUGAAUGUGCACGACGUUUUGAUUUAGAAUCACCUUCAAUUAUAUCCAAUUUACCUACAAAAGAAUAUCGUCAAGUAUUUGGUGUACCCGAUGAAAUUGUUACUACGGUUGAUGAUAUGACACAUCAUAUUGAUCAAACACUUUCAAUGGAAUCAAAGCAUGACAAAAAGUCGAUUGUUUCAGAUGAUGUAAAAAAUAUUUCUUCACAAUUUGAUGAACAAUUGCAAUCUGAUGAUGGUCAAUUUACAAUACCUAACAAUAAUGGACCUGUUUCAGAUAAUGUUAAAAAAAUUAUAGAAGCACUUGAAGCACUUGAAUCUGAUUUACUUGAACAUAAAGAAAAUAUACCAUCAGAAACAAGUUUUGUAACGGAACCAGUUGAACAUUUAAUUAGUCAACAAAAUGUCUUAUCAUCAAAUGUUCAUUCAACAGCACUUGAUAAUGAUAUUAAAGAAACACUUGAACAUCAAACACUUAUAUUUCCAUCAAAAGAUGAAUAUGAUGAUGAUGAUUUAUUGCCAAAGAAAACUGAAGCAAAAGUACUUCAUGAAACAAUUCAAGAUGAAAUUAACACAAAUUCUGAAUUAGAUUCAAGAUAUUCUAAAUUAUUUGAACAUAUUGACAAUUUAGAAAAACCAAUCAUUGAUAUACAAUCAUCUUCAUCAUCAAUUAUUGAAACGGAGACAAAAGCAACAGAUAUUCAAGAAGAAAAAGAUGAUGAACACCAUUUACAACAACGAUAUGAUACUCUCAUUGAUCAUGUUGCAACACUUCAAGAUGCUACGAUUAAAAAUCUUCUUCCCGAUACUAAUAAACAAUUUGUUACAUUGCCAAUCGAGGAACAAGUCAUUACAUCGACUGACGAGAAAUCAAUUGAAGAUAAAAUAAAUAUUGAUGGGCUAGCCGAAAUAAUUGAACAUAUAACUGUUACACCUUUUCGUACAGUUAUUAGUUCAUAUGAAAAAAGAGCUCAGGAAGAACCAACUACCGAUUCAAAUCUUCAGAUGACUCUCGAACAAAUACUAGUACAAACACAACACCCAACAACCUAUGUAAAAUUACCACCACCAAUUGACACAGUUUCAUCUUCUAAUGAAUUCGAUGACCAACAAAAAGCAAUACAACAAACAUCAGAUUCUCAUGAGGAAAUACCUACUUCAACAUCUACAGAUAAAAAACAACUAUCAAGUACAGAAGAAACACCAAACAUCGAAGAAAAGGAUCCAAAUACUAUUUUCGAAAAAGUAACAUCAGUCAAAACCGAUGCUUCUCCGAAAUCAACUACGACUCAGGAGACAAUUUCAUCCAUCGAUUCAACUUUUUACGACAAAAAGGACCUUCCAUCGAAAAUUCCAACAACUGUUACAGAAACAAGUACAAUCAUUGAAUCAGGAGCUACAACUGAGCAAGUAGUAAGCCCAUUUGUACCAAAAGAUGGAACUGCCGUUCUGACGUCAUCCAUUGAGAAUGAAAAGACACCUACGGACAAACAACAACUAAGCUUAAUCACAGGUCCAUUAGAAAUCAUAAGCAUUACACGACCAACCACAAUUCCAACAACAGAAACACCCGUAACUAGUUUAAACACAGAAGCUGCAGCUAUUCAACAUGACUACAUAGAAUCAAGUUCAAGCCCACUAGCAGGCUACUUCAGCAGUAGUGAUGUUUAUCACGCGUACAAACAACCAAUAGAACCCAUCAUUGAACACAAACCAGAUUCAUCCAGUUUCAUUGAUAAGGCAACAGCUUUCGCCUCCAGUAUUAUCUCCAGUGUUACCAGUGCUCUACCAACAACAGAAACAACUGAAGAUUUGACCUCAACUACUGAAUCGACGACUGUGCAUGAAGAAGUUUUANUCGUACAUGAAGAGACAUCAUCAAGUGGUCUGUUCGAAAUAAUGACAAAUUUGUUACCAUCAUCACUCCGAUCAACAAAAAUAGAAGAAAUUAGUUCUGAAACACCAAGUGCACCAGUUAAAGAUAAAGAAGAGACUGUUUUAUCCUCUGUUAUGAGCACGGUAGAGGUUCCAACUGUCGGAGAACAUCUAACUGAAUCUACUAAACCACAAGUUGAAAUACCAAAGCCAGAAGAGGUUCCAAGCGCCAUAGCAGGCUAUUUCAGUAGUAGCGAUGUUUAUCACGCAUACAAACAACCGGCAAAAUCAACGAUUGAAGAACAAGAACCGGCAUCUUCCAAUAUCAUCGAGGAAGCGACAUCGAUCGCUAGUAAUAUUAUUUUUAGAUUCAUAAGUGCUUCACCGGUACCGGAAUCUCCGGAUGCAACAACUCCAACUUGUGAAUCACCUAUUAUCGAGCAACCUAUUUCAGCUUUUCCUGUCACCGAAGAAGAAAUCAGUGUUUCGAAACCUUUACUAAUUGAACAGGUUAUCGAGCAAGAACAGACAACAACAACCAGCCUGCUUGACACACUAAAAGAUUUACUGCCAUCUGGUCUCAAAUCAACAGAAAUAGAAGAUAUCUCUUCUGAUGAAUCAGUUCCUAUUGUAAAAGAAGACCAAACAGCUAUCCCAUCCGUCUUCACUGAACCACGUGUGGCAAGUAUUUCUAAGGAAGAUCUAGCCAAACCUACUCAAACGCAAGUCGAUACACAAGGAAAAGUAGUAGUUUCAGGUCCAGCAGCAGGUUACUUCAGUAGUAGUGAUGUUUAUCAUGCAUAUAAACAACCAGUAGAACCCAUCAUUGAACACAAACCAGAUUCAUCCAGUUUCAUUGAUAAGGCAACAACUUUCGCCUCCAGUAUUAUCUCCAGUGUUACCAGUGCUCUACCAACAACAGAAACAACUGAAGAUUUGACCUCAACUACUGAAUCGACGACUGUGCAUGAAGAAGUUUUAGUUCCAACUGUAUCAGAACAAGAAGUUAGUGUUGUAAAACAAUCACUAGAUGAACAGGGCAUUGACUAUGAAGAAACAGCAACAAGUGGUCUAGUAGACAAAUUGAAGAGUUUAUUACCAUCCGGUCUUGUAUCAACAAUAACAGAACAUAUCACUUCUGAAGAAUCACCUUCAGCUACAAAAGAAGACCAACUACCUGUGGAAUCAUCUUUGACAGAAACGACAAUGUCCACGAUACCAGUGGAAGAACUAACUAAACAUAGCGAACCAUCAGUUCAGAUACCACAAACCAAAGACAUUUCAAGUCCUGUAGCCGGUUACUUUACCAGUAGUGAUGUUUAUCAUGCAUACAAACAACCAACUGAACCAGUUACUGAACAAAAACCGCAUUCCUCGAGUGUCGUCGAAAAAGCCACAGCCAUUGUUAGUAAUCUUGUUUCCAGUCUCACCAGUGCUUUAUCAACAUCGGAUUCACAAGAAGCCACUGUAAGCAGUCAAGCGUCAAUCAUCGAUGAGAAAACUCCAUCUACACCGAGCACAGAAACAGAAACUACAAUCGUAAAACCAUCUGCAGAUAAACAGCAUGUCGUACAUGAAGAGACAUCAUCAAGUGGUCUGUUCGAAAUAAUGACAAAUUUGUUACCAUCAUCACUCCGAUCAACAAAAAUAGAAGAAAUUAGUUCUGAAACACCAAGUGCACCAGUUAACGAUAAAGAAGAAAUUGUUUUAUCCUCUGUGAUGAGUACUGUAGAGGUUCCAACUGCUGAAGAAUAUCUAACUGAAUCUACUAAACCACGAGUUGAGAAAUCGAAAACAGAAGAAGUUAAACAAGAAGAAUCACUAAGUGGUUUGAUUGAAAUUGUGAAGGUCAUUUCCACAACGACUAUUCUACCUGCUACGUCCACUACAACAAGUACUGAAGAGGAUAUCGAUACUGGUGAUGAUAAAGAACCUAUGUCACUAUCCAUAAGUGAGACAAAAACAACAUCGGAAAUUUCCGAAAAGUCUCUGACGGAAAGUAGUCUACCAGUGGUGGGAAUUCAACAAGAAAAAGGUGUUAGCGGUCAUAGUCUAAGUGAUGCUACAGAGUCGGAUAUUUCUCGUGCAGAAAAACCAACUAUUGAAGAAACUGUUGCAGAAAAAGAUUUGACAAGUGGUACUGACGAAGGUAUAUCCUCCAUUACAGAUGCAUGCGUUGUAGUUCCGUAUACUUUACCAACAUCGAUUACUUUAAUAAAUACGCAUCAUGAAAAGUCACUAUCUGAAGAUGAUCAAACAGAAAUGUCUGAAUCUAGUUUACAGACACCACUAACUGAUGAACCAAAACGUCCUGGUAUAUCUGAUCUUAUUGUACGACCUGCAGAAAGUUUUGACGGUACAACAUCAAGUUUAAUUUCUCUCGAUGACAAAUCGACUGCACCUAAACUUUCAUCUACUUCACCAAAAGACUCAAUUAAUAAUCAAUUAGAAAGUUUAAAUGUUAUUGAAGUAAAAGAAUCGUUAAUUGAAACUGCAAAAGAAAUUCUUGCUGCUCCUUUACAAGCUGCUGUUGAUAAAUAUGAAAAAAUAAUUUCUACACAAGAACAAUUAUCAUCACCAACAAUUAGUUCAACCAAAGUCAUUACUUCUGAUUAUCCUUCAUUCACACAACACGAUAAAAUUGCUGAUGUUGAAAUUGGACGUCUUUCAACUACUGACCAGCCAUCGAUUGAUGAUUGGAAUCAACAUAAAUCUAUUAUUACUAUUACAGAAGAGACAAAAACACAAGAUCAAAUCGAAAAGAAAACAUCUCAACCACUUCAAGUCAUUGGUGAUGAUUAUGCAUGGUAUUCGAGUCAUUAUAUUAUUUCCGAUGCAGAUGCUAAAAUAGGUCAAUUAUACGAAGGAUUAUCUCAUACUCUAAAAGAACUCGAACAACGACCUCCACCAACAACAAUCAAAUUUUCUCCUGAACCACAUGAAAAAGUUUCAAUACCAGAUUAUGAUCGUCAAGUAUUAGUUGAAACAAAAGAUACACGAGAAAAAGUUCAUGAAUUAGCCGAAAUAAGUACAAUAAUUACAACAACAAUAACUACAUCACACGAUGAACAAUCCAAAGAUGAAGAUGAAUUUCAAGUUGUGCAUCAGCACGAACGUGUACCACCAUCAACAGUUCACGAAAGAACACCGUCACCUAAAAUGAGUACUACUAAAACACUUGUUAGUCCAGAUAUCGAUCUCGCACCAGCAGUUUUUCAUGGACGUCCAAUUUCACCAAUUCUUACUUCACCAAGUGUCUCACAAACUACUACUUCUAGUAGUACCAGUAGCAAGAAAAAACAUAAAAAAUCAAAGAAAGAUAAAAAAGAAGUGAUGGUAUUCGAUGCUUCUAUACCAGCAGUAUCUGAUAGCGACAAAUACAAAACAGACGCUAUCCAAACCGAAGUUGUAGAAAAACAUAUUGAGAUAACUAAAUCUGAACCAUUACCAUCGGUUACCAAAGAUGAUUCUCAUGAAAUUGAUCAAUCAUUAAAAGAAACAAAACAUAUACUCGGUGAACCAUCAGAAGAAAUAACACAUGAAAUUGAACAGUUAAUUAAAACAAUAGAUGAAUUUAAACAAAAUUUAAUCGAUACGACAAGUGAAGAACAACACGGUGAACUUUUAUCAGCAUCAAUCGUUUCUGAUAAUGUUGAACAACAACAACAGCAAAUAGACGAUGAUAAUAAUGAUUCGACAUCUUCGGAUGCUUCACAAUGGUUAUCAUCUUCAUUUACAACUUUUCCUGAAGAUAAUAAACUUGAUACUCAGCCUACUACGACUACUGCUACUACUGAACAAACUAUUAUAACACAAACUUCGACAACGAUUUCUUCAGCUAAACCUGAAUUGACAAAAUCAGAAUCAUUACCAACUUCAUCAUCUACUAAAAAGAAGAAGAGUAGACAACAAUCGACCGAUCAAGAAAAAGUUCUAUCAUCUGAAAUUCAAUCAUCAUCAUUACCUAUUGAACAACCAAAAAUAGAACCUAAAUCAAUACCGACAACACCACCACUACCACCAUCACCCGUAAAGAAGACAACAACGACUAUUUCUGCUAAAAUUUCUAGUUCACCAGAAGAAGAAGAAGAUGUAGAUGACAAUGAAGGUUUUCGAGUUGUACAUUAUCGUAAACAUAUAUCAUCAACUUCAGGACAUGAAAAACCUCUACUAUCAUCAACAACAAUUACAUCUAAACAACGAAUUAGUUCUGAUUCUGAUUCUAAACAGGCAACUGUUCAACGACGUCAAGUUUCAUCAAUACCUGUUGCUACCUCUACGAUUACUACAGGUCCACAAACUUCAACUACAACAAAACCAAAACAUAAAACACAUAAAAAAGAAAUAGCAUUAUUUGAUGCUCCAGUAUCUUCACCAUCUACUGAUACUGAUGGUCUUUCUUCAUCUAGUAUUGAUAAGAAGAGACAUAAACAUAUUGAACAACAACCAGUAGAUCAACAUAAAACGAUUAGUAGUAUUACAUUACAAUCAAAACCUGUAUCGUCAAUAAUUUUAACACCUGCCACCAGUACAUCAUUAACGCCAGAAGUAGAAAGUAAACAACAAGCAAAAGAUGAAGAAAAAAUUUUACAAAUUCCAUCAUCAACAAUAUCUACUGUUCAGGAAUCCAAAGUACAAUCGGAACCAAUAAAAACUUCAACAACAACAAUACUUCGUAUAAAAGCAUCGACUUCACCCGAAGAAGAAGAAGAAGAAGAAGGUGAAGAUGAUGAAGGUUUUCGAGUAGUUCAUUAUAGAAAACGUAUAUCAUCAGCACCAAGAGCCGAUAAAACAUUACCACCAUUACCACCACAAACACGUAAACAAAAUCUUGGUCGUGGUUUUGAUAAUAAAUCUGUUGCUAUUCAUGAACGUCAUGGAUCAGGAUCACGUUCUAUGCCACGUACGACUACUGAUAGUCAAACAUCUUCUCAUAAACGUCAACAAACUAAACCUAAACAAGAUCGACAACAAAUACCACCAUUAAUUAUUCCACGUUCACCAACUUCUAAAGCAACACAUAUUAUAUCAUCAUUUAAUAUUGAACAAAAACCAAUAGAACAAGUAAAACAACCAGUUAGUGAUAAUGUUCGACGAAUAAGUGAUACUCCUAUAGUUCAAUCAUCAAUUGUUGAUCAGAAACCAUCAAAAGAAAUUGAACAAAUACAAGCAACAAUUAUUGAUGAUAAACCACAAUUAACACAUAUUGAACAACAAACUAUUCUUCCUGUUGUAGAAUUAAAACCAUUAGAACAAAAAGAAAUUGAAACAAAUCUUGAACCAUUACAUACAGCUGUUUCAUCUCUUGUUGAUCAAUCAAUUCAACAAAUUGUUCAUGAAUAUCUUGUGCCAAUUAAAGAUGAAAUUAAACAUGUCGUUGAACAACAACAACAAGAACAACAACAACAAGAACAAGAACAACAACAACAACAACAACAACAACAACAACAACCUUCAAUAAAAGAAAAAAUUCCAUCAAUAAUAACUUCAAUUGAAAAUCAAAAAUCUAAAAUUACUGAAGAAGAUGAUGAUGGAUUUCGUGUAGUACGUUAUCGUAAACAUGCACCUUCAUCAACAAUAUAUUCUCCACAACAUAGUUUUGGUUCUGAUACUGANAAUGUUUUUCGACAAUUUAAAAAAAUCGAGUUUUACCCAUUUUGA